AUGCAUCCUACUAAGUCGAAUGGUGUACGUCGGCCACCUGCAGCCAACGAAGAUGGAUUAGCUCAACUAAGUCGAUCAGCAGAAAAUGUGAAAAGAAUUAAAAGUGUACAAGACAAAUUUGUUAAUAGUCAAAAUUUACAAAAAGAAGGUCGAGCAUUAGUUGGCGAAGGUAUUUUAAUGAAAGUAUGCCGGAAAAAACCUAAACAACGAGCAUUCUUUCUAUUCAAUGAUAUUCUUGUCUAUGGACAAGUUGUUAUCAGCGGACGUAAGUAUUCACAGCAAAAAAUAAUUCCACUCGAUGAAAUAAAAAUCAAUCCAUCCGUGGAUACUCCUGAAAACCCAUAUGCAUGGUUGAUUAGUAGUCCAAAAAAAUCGUUCGUUGUAAGAGCCAAUUCAGAUCGUGAACGACAAGAAUGGCUUGCACAUCUUGAACAAUGUAUUCGUUAUGCAUGUGGUGGAACUAAUUCGCAGCAUAGUGCUGUUGCUGCACAUUGGGUGCCGGAUGAUAAAGCUGAUGUAUGCAUGCAUUGUGGUUCAACGAAAUUUUCUGCUUAUAAUCGCAGACAUCAUUGUCGAAACUGUGGCAUUAUUAUCUGUGAUGGAUGUUCAAAAGGACGUUUUUUACUACCACAUUUAGAUUCAAAGCCAGUUCGCAUCUGUGACGCAUGUCAUGUUAAAUUAAAUAAUCCUAAUAUGAACGAAUCCCGUCCAACACAACGCGAUCGCGCAGCUGAUAGCAGUGAUAGUGAUGGCGAAGAAGGAGCUGCACAGUUUGCUCCUGUUCCUGCAACUUUUUAUCAAAAUGUCGAAAAUUUAUAA